UUUUUUUUCCUUCGACGAACCCGGAAGUAUUUAGUUUGACUCCCCCCUGACUGGAGGCAGGAGAGCAGCUACAACUACUAUAACAUCUCCUGGUUGUUGGAUAACGGCGGCCUCUGCCACCGGGCUCUCCGUCUCCUCAAGUGUGUGUGUGUGUGUGUGUGUCUGCUGAGUGUGUACUGGGGAGAUGUACUGUGCCUACCAGGACCGGGAGGAGUUGGAGGAUAAUCUUUAUCAAGAGGAUGGAGCGGACUCUGAGGGGUCCGAGGUCAACAGCGAGCUGGAGUUCCAUCUCUACAGCCAGCUCCACUACUCCUCUAAUGCGGGGGUCACGGAGGAGAAAGGAGAGGAGGGGGAGGGUCAGGAGAGCCAGCAGCCUGAGCCUGAGGUGAUGGAGAAGACUGCAGACGGAGGAAAGGAACAAACUGGAGAGGAAAGGCCUCAGUCACCUGAUUUGAGCAAAAUAGAGCAAUACCUGAAGAAGAAGAAGAAGAAGAAGGGAGAGAAAGAGAAGAAGGGGAAAAGUAACCCCAAAGGUCUGAAGUCAAAAACACGUUUUGAGCAAGUCAUCGUUAUCGACUCGGGCCCUGAUGUCAUCUCUAUCUCUGAUGGGGAAACCACCGAUGAAGAUGAUGAUGAGGAGGGGGUCUGUUCCUCAAAGGGUCAAGGCCUUGGCCGACCGCAGACUUCCACCCCAGCUGCACAGGGAACCAAGGGAAGUAAGAAGCGUGUCAGUGCUCUGGUGACCGUGGACUCCAGCAGCUCUGAUUCAGAUUCAGAAAAGUCUGAAUCGAAGUCUGAGUCUGAAUCGUCGGAGUCUUCUGACUCCUCUGACUCGGAUGGUCUGGAGAACUGGAUGAUCCUGGGUCGAGGGAAUCAGGAUGGAGACCACUCCAUCUCACUCAAUCUGGAAGGAGGGUUCAACAGCAACGCAGAUGUUGAAGAUGACAGGAGCUGGACGGUUUCUGAUAAGGACAAGGAGGCUCAGAUCUACAACAAAGACAAAGGUGCCAAGGUCGCAGUGCAGCGGCUGCUAAACAGAUAUUAUACAAGCAAGAACGUCCAGUGUAGAAACUGCAACAAGAACGGACAUCUCUCCAAGAACUGCCCGCAGCCCAAAAAAGUGUUGCCCUGCUUCCUCUGUGGCACCCCGGGCCACCUGUCGAGUGAAUGUCCCAACAGGCACUGCAACAACUGCGGCCUGCCGGGUCACAUCUACAACUCCUGCAACGAGCGGGCGUACUGGCACAAACAGUGCCAUCGCUGCCACAUGACCGGCCACUUCUUUGAUGCCUGUCCAGAGAUCUGGAGACAGUAUCACAUCACUACUAAGCCAGGUGUUCCUGGAAAACAGCGUGGAGAGGACCACGGUCGAAGCCCCGCCUCCUGCUACAACUGCUCCAGGAAAGGACACUUUGGACAUGCGUGUACACAGCGGAGGAUGUUUAACGGGACGUUUCCCAGCACGCCUUUCAUCAACUACUAUGACACCAUGCAGGACAUAAACCGCAGAGGACACAGGACUAAGAUGAAGAUGAAGGACCUGAAGAAAAGUGGCCUCUACCCUGCUGCUUCUGAGGCCCCUGUCACUCCAGGUCCACCAAAGAAGAAACAGAAACUGAGCCAUGUCAAGAACAACCAGAAACCGAACCACACACCUCGACAAAACGCAGACAACCACAAACCCAACCGAACACCGCGCCCAAACACCGACAAACACAAACACAAACACAAACCCAACCAAACACCUGGACAAACAACCGGCAACCACAAACCCAACCAAACACCUGGACAAACAACCGGCAACCACAAACCCAACCAAACACCUGGACAAACAACCGGCAACCACAAACCCAACCAAACACCUGGACAAACAACCGGCAACCACAAACCCAACCGAACACCUGGACAAACAACCGGCAACCACAAACCCGACCGAACACCUGGACAAACAACCGGCAACCACAAACCCGACCGGAGUCACAUCUUUUUUCAAGACGAUGACUUUGAACCUCCGGCAGCCAAGAAAAAUAAACGCAACAAGCACAAACAACCGGAGAGCGCUGGCAACGUGAAACCGUGGAAACCCAAGAGACCCGUGCCCACCUCGAGGGAGCGACCAGCUAAACUGACCCUGGACGAAGCCGACGACUUCCCCAGAGGAGGGGCUACGAAGAAACAGAGAAAGAAGAAAGAGACGCACGCUCCUUCAGGGCCGCCCGGGGGACACGGAGACGGCAGGGCGGAUCGCCUCAGUUGGACUGUGAGAGGAGAGGUGCAGGGGUCGCGGCAGCAGAAAGGAGAGAAGAAGAAGAGGAAAAGGAAACAAGAAGGAAAGGGGGACAGUAACAAAAACCAUGAUGCACACAUGUACCCAACGGAUGAGAACCUGUUUAUCAUAAAACAGAAGAAGAGAAAGAGCAGAUAGCAUCGGGCUGCGUGAGGUUUGGUUGUCCGGACUUGACAGGACCUUUUUUAGUAUUGUGUGUUCAAGACCCUCAAAGGAUGGGGUCAGACAUCUGCUACAUUCACGGUUUGAUGGAAAAUAGUUGUUGCCUGUGUUGCUUUACAGGGUUAGUAGGUCUUUUUACAGAUGUCAUUUUGAAGUCACAGCUGGAAAAGCACCGUUGGAAUGAAUCGAUCUCUUUCAGUUUCAGAUCCAUUGUUUUAGAUUUUUAUUAAAUCUGAGUAUGCCUUAACGGUGGAGUCAGUAGCUUUUUUCUUUUGUAACUUGUAAACACCCCCCCAGUGCCCACUCGCAGCAGGACGUAGUGUGUGUACGCUUACUGCUUGUACCUACACCGCAAGCUAGCAUAUACUUACCGCCGGUGUUUGGCACCUGUCUGUCCAACAGAAAGAAGAACAUCUCUGUGUCCACGUGUGAAAGCCAAGACAAGGUUCAAUCGCUGAUUUUUAUCCAGUCCUUAACUCACCUCUGUGCUGUAAUUGGCUUGGGGGGAAAAACAUGCCAGCUCCCCACCCAGAAACGUCCUGAGUCAACCAAAAGAAAACAUGAAAAUCCAGGCAGAGGACAGGCUCUCUGCAGACACAGUCACCGCCACACAUGUAUGGACGCCCAGAAGGGAUGGUUGAGUCUAUUUUCUAUUUUUUUCAGGAAAAAGCUACAGACUCUGUCUUUAAUGCAAUCAUUGGAUGCACAAAUUAUCAUCGGAUCAAGUUUGUCUUGCUGUAAUUAUAUUCCUUUGGAUUUAAAUGAACCUUUAUUACUGCACCUUCAGUGUAAGAAAAGGGAAAAAUUCAGUCUAUUGUAUGUGAAAGUGUGUCUACUGUUAGUCUGACAGUCAUACAAAUGGACAUAAUUAGUGGAUAUUCUUUAAAGUUGCGGUCUUUCUCUUACUAAAUGUGCCUACAUUUGUGUUAACACACACCCUGUAAACAAACGAAAGUCGAACUUUGGAAGAUAUCUGCUUGACUUGUCUGACUCGGAGCGGUAAAUUCCUCACGUUACGUUCAGAAAAUUCAUAUUUAAAAUCGGAAGAGAACAGAUUUUGUCCCUCAUCACUUUGACUGAGAGCGCUACAGGAGGGACUCUUUUAAUGUCCUGUGUAAACGAGAGGACGAGGUACAGGUAACACAACCUGUGUCAGCGUCAUGAGGCCGCCUGAUUGUUGUUCGAUGACAGACUGUGAACCUGUUUUCAUGCUAAUAGUACCACCUGCUAUUGUGAAGAUUAAAAAGCCCCCUUCUGGUCAGUGUGAGAAUUGCAGUAAUUAAAGUAGUUCAUGAAUCCAGCUAAGAGUUCUUACAUUCUGUUCAGUGAUGACUUCAGUCUACUGUUCAUGUUCAUGUUCAAUACUACAAGGCUUUCAGAUUUUGCAUUAAAAAGUGGAUAAGUCAUUACUUUCAUAGUCCUUCAGUUUGUUUUUCUCACAUAAUUCACGUUAAAACAGAUGCUGCUCUUUAAAAGUCCUGUAGGAAAAUGUGUGCCUCCACUCUGAACACAGAUUUAAAGUUGCUGCUGUUUGCCGUUAUAACCAAAGGAUUGUAGAUUUGUAAUAACAGAAAGUGUCCCGUACGUUUAGAAGAGAAGGGGUGCCUUUUUCUAUAACACUUGUUGAUUUGUAAAUGAUCUAAAUAUUCGAUCAGACUGUAAAUACAUGUUCUCAUCACUGACAUACAGCCCUGACAGUAUUAACAAUUAACCCACUCCAAGCUCUGUCAUGAUGAAACCUUAAUAACAAAUGAGAGUUUGAUGGUUCCUGUAUUUCAUGAUGAUCAAUAACCCAAACUUUGUGGUAUGAAUGUGACCUAUUAGAUCUGUCAGUAACUUCAAACUUUUCCAUAAUAAUUUGUGUAUUUAAAAAAGUGAUCCAAUAAAACAAUCUGGUUCAAGUCCUUAAA